AAAAUCAUUGAGGAAUGCCACCACCUCAUUGGAGUGCUUAGGAAAUUCAACGGAGAAGCUUUUGAUGCCACCCAACCAAUGUAUUAUGCAGUCGCUAAUGUUAUUGGCUCCAUGGUCUACGGCAGCAGAUUUGAAUACGAUGAUGCACAGUUUACAUUCAUGGUAGACUGCACGAACACACGUUUGAAACUUGCAGCUUCCCCCUUAAUACAGGUGUACAACAUUUUCCCAUGGUUAUUGAAAUGGCUUCCUGACAGAAAGAAAUUCCACAGAUUGGAUGCUGUCAAUAGAAAACAGAAUGUAGAGAUGAUCAGUCGUUUGGAGAAAACUCUUGAUCCACAGAUGUGCAGAGGCUUUGUGGAUUCCUUUCUGGUUCAAAGGCAAAGUCUAGAGUUGUCAGAAUCUGGAAAUAAUCAUUUCUUUGAUGAUGAAAACCUUUUGAUGACAAUUCAGAAUCUAUUUGGUGGUGGCACUGACACAACCGCAACUACACUGAGAUGGGGACUUCUGCUCAUGGCCAAAUAUCCAAAAAUACAAGACCAGGUCCAGGAGGAGCUGAGCAGGGUGAUAGGAAGUCGUCAAGUGCAGGUCGAGGACAGGAAGAACCUGCACUUUACCAAUGCUGUCAUCCAUGAGACACAGAGACUGGCCACCAUUGCCCCUGUGGCUCUUCCUCACAAAACUACCCGAGAUGUAAUCUUCCAGGGUCACUUUAUUAAGAAG